AUGAAGAUUCCUAACAUUGGUAAUGUGAUGAAUAAAUUUGAGAUCCUUGGGGUUGUAGGUGAAGGAGCCUAUGGAGUUGUACUUAAAUGCAGGCAUAAGGAAACGCAUGAAAUUGUGGCAAUCAAGAAAUUCAAGGACAGUGAAGAAAAUGAAGAAGUCAAGGAAACGACUUUACGAGAGCUUAAAAUGCUUCGUACUCUCAAACAGGAAAACAUUGUGGAGUUGAAGGAAGCCUUUCGUCGGAGGGGGAAAUUGUACUUGGUGUUUGAAUAUGUUGAAAAAAAUAUGCUUGAAUUGCUGGAAGAAAUGCCAAAUGGAGUUCCACCUGAAAAAGUAAAAAGUUAUAUCUAUCAGCUAAUCAAAGCUAUUCACUGGUGCCAUAAGAAUGAUAUUGUUCAUCGAGAUAUAAAACCAGAAAAUCUCUUAAUCAGCCACAAUGACGUUUUGAAACUGUGUGACUUUGGUUUUGCUCGGAAUCUAUCAGAAGGAAAUAAUGCUAAUUAUACAGAAUAUGUGGCCACCAGGUGGUAUCGGUCCCCAGAACUCUUACUUGGAGCUCCCUAUGGCAAGUCCGUAGAUAUGUGGUCAGUUGGCUGUAUUCUUGGGGAGCUUAGUGAUGGACAGCCUUUAUUUCCUGGAGAAAGUGAAAUUGACCAACUUUUUACCAUUCAGAAGGUGCUAGGACCACUUCCAUCUGAGCAGAUGAAGCUCUUCUAUAGUAAUCCUCGCUUCCACGGGCUCCGGUUUCCAGCUGUUAACCAUCCUCAGUCAUUGGAGAGAAGAUACCUUGGAAUUUUAAACAGCGUUUUACUUGACUUGAUGAAGAAUUUACUGAAGUUGGACCCAGCUGACAGAUACUUGACAGAACAGUGUUUGAAUCACCCUACAUUCCAAACCCAGAGGCUUUUGGAUCGCUCCCCUUCAAGGUCAGCAAAAAGAAAACCUUACCAUGUGGAAAGCAGCACUUUGUCUAAUAGAAACCAAGCCAGCAAAAGUGCGGCUUUGCAGUCUCACCACAGAUCUAACAGCAAAGAUAUCCAGAACCUAGGUGUGGGUCUGCCCCGGGCUGAUGAAGGGCUUCCUGCCAAUGAAAGCUUCCUGAAUGGAAACCUUGCUGGAGCUACUCUUAGUCCCAUGCACACCAAAACCUACCAAGCCGGCAGCCAGCCUGGGUCUACCAGCAAAGAUCUGACCAACAACAACAUUCCACACCUUCUCAGCCCGAAAGAAGCCAAGUCAAAGACAGAGUUUGAUUUUAAUAUUGACUCAAAGCCUUCAGAUGGCCCAGGCACAAAGUACCUCAAGUCAAGCAGCAGAUCUCAGCAGAACCGGCACUCUUUUAUGGAAAGUUCUCAGAGCAAAGCUGGAACGCUGCAGCCUGGUGAAAAGCAGAGUCGGCACAGCUACAUUGACACCAUUCCCCAGUCCUCUCGGAGUCCUUCCUAUAGGACCAAGGCCAAAAGCCAUGGGGCGUUGAGUGACUCCAAGUCUGUGAGCAACCUUUCUGAAGCCCGGGCCCAGAUUGCAGAGUCCAAUACCAGUAGGUACUUCCCAUCCAGCUGCUUGGACUUGAACUCUCCCACCAGCCCAACCCCUACCAGGCACGGUGACACAAGAACUUUGCUCAGCCCCUCGGGGAGAAAUAACCGAAGUGAAGGCACUCUUGACUCACGCCGAACCACAACCAGGCAUUCUAAGACGAUGGAGGAGUUGAAGCUGCCUGAACACAUGGACAGCAGCCAUUCCCAUUCGCUGUCGGCACCUCAUGAAUCCUUUUCGUAUGGGCUGGGCUACACCAGCCCCUUCUCCUCCCAGCAGCGUCCACAUAGGCAUUCCAUGUACGUGACCCGGGACAAAGUGAGAGCCAAGGGCUUGGACGGAAGCUUGAGUGUAGGGCAAGGGAUGGCGGCCAGAGCCAACAGCCUGCAGCUCUUAUCACCUCAGCCUGGAGAGCAACUCCCUCCAGAGAUGACUGUGGCACGAUCUUCUGUUAAGGAGUCCUCCAGAGAAGGCACCUCUUCAUUCCAUGCGCGGCAGAAGUCUGAGGGUGGAGCGUAUCAUGACCCCCACUCUGAUGAUGGCGCCGCCCCCAAGGAAAAUAGACACCUGUAUAAUGAUCCUGUUCCAAGAAGAGUUGGCAGCUUCUACCGAGUGCCAUCUCCACGUCCAGACAAUUCUUUCCAUGAAAAUAAUGUGUCAACCAGAGUUUCUUCCCUACCAUCAGAAAGCAGUUCUGGAACUAACCACUCAAAAAGACAGCCAACAUUCGAUCCAUGGAAAAGUCCUGAAAACAUUAGUCAUUCUGAACAACUCAAGGAAAAGGAAAAACAAGGUUUUUUCAGGUCAAUGAAAAAGAAAAAGAAGAAAUCUCAAACAACAGAUUCCACCAACGGGGAGAAUCCAAGCAUCAAGAAAUCCCUCUUUCCUCUUUUUAAUUCAAAGAAUCAUUUAAAGCAUAGUUCUUCUUUGAAAAAGCUUCCUGUAGUCACUCCACCCAUGGUGCCCAAUUCUGACGGCCCUGAUCUUCUGACAUUGCAGAAAGCCAUUCACUCUGCUAGCACCCCGAGCAGCAGACCCAAGGAGUGGCGUCCUGAGAAGAUCUCUGAUCUACAGACCCAAAGCCAGCCAUUAAAAUCACUGCGCAAGCUGUUACAUCUCUCUUCAGCCUCAAAUCACCCGGCUUCCUCAGACCCUCGCUUCCAGCCCUUAACAACUCAACAAGCCAAAAAUUCCUUCUCAGAAAUUCGGAUUCACCCUCUGAGCCAGGCCUCUGGUGGGAGCAGUAACAUCCGGCAGGAGCCAACACCAAAGGGCAGGCCGGCCCUCCAGCUGCCAGGUCAGAUGGACCCUGGUUGGCACGUGUCCUCUGUGACCCGGAGUGCCACAGAGGGGCCUUCCUACUCUGAACAGCUGGGUGCCAAGAGUGGGCCAAAUGGGCACCCUUAUAACAGAACAAAUCGGUCCAGAAUGCCAAAUCUGAAUGAUUUAAAAGAGACAGCCUUGUAA